AUGACGUGAGGAGGGCGCCGUUGUGCGUGCCAUGUCGUCAAAAACAAAACGAUACAAGAAACCUGUUGAAUCAUUUGAACAAAUAGCACCCAAUUGAUCAAGUGGAAAGCAUGAAAUACUACGAGCAGAGAUUGCAGAGCCUGGACACGCAAACAUGAGAAUUUUAGUAACUAAUUACGAGCAGCAGCCACCGGAUGAAAGCAGUAAUCAAUCGUCUCUCCUUUGCAAGUAGCAAUGAGGCUAACGCCCUAGCAGAAAACAGGAAACAGAUCGGCACGUGUGUUGUCAUGACGGGCAAUGCCGUCAAGAUGGUGGGUUCAGCAAAGGACUCCAGCAGCAGCAGCGACGAUGAAGCGCUCAAACGAUGUCAAGAAGCAGUUUGGGAUACACAAAAACGUGAAACUAUUGGAACAGGCCAUCCAAAACCGUCAAAACGUGUUGUAGUUGCUGCCCAUGAACAUGACGGCAACGAACUCCAGGUCACCCAGGGGUUUCAGAGUCAUGUCGCCAAAAAGUUGGGACAAUUUCUGGACAGUCGCUUGACAGAUAUCCAGACUGAUAUAUCAGUCUGUAAGACACCAGCAGAAUGUGAAAACGAUGAUGGGUUUCUUCUGUUCUCUACCUCAGUCCCAGGACAGCCAGCUGAUGAUCCCCCUUCUGCUGUACGACAAAGGCCUAUUCCCAGCUCAAGUGACAGCGACAGUGAAAUGGAAACGAGGCUGAAGGAGGCAGCUGUGUCGUUGAAAGAUCUCUUACCCUCAUCGUCACUCGUUUCCUCCCCAACGGCAACAGCAGCUCCCCACUCGGAGAAGAAAAAGAAGAAAUCAUCUGAGACAGAAGAGGACAAUGUCGCUCAGAAGAAGAAAAAAAAGAAGAGGAGGAAGAAGGCAGAAGAUGCAGGAAGCAAGCAUGUGGACUGCGGAGGAUCUCCUUGUGCUCAAAACAAUGGCGAGCAGGGAGGUUCAAAGCAGGGACACCACAAAGUCAAAUGGAAAAAGAAAGCGGCAUGAUGUGUCGAAUGGGACUGUAGUGAAAAUGCUUCUUUCUACAAUGUCAGAAUGUAAAAAAGAAUGGAUGAUAACAUGUUUAAGAAAAUAGUCCCCCAUGUUCACAGUCAGUCAACAUAAUGUAAAAUCAUGCCGUUUAAUACUAUUGCUGAUAGCUUGUGACAAAAGAUGUUCAAAGUGUGUUUAUAAAAUGCAUAUAAUGUUGAGUUCACAUUUUAAGUGAACAUACAAUUUCCCAGGAUUAUUACAAAAAAGUAUUUCGAUAAAAUACAUUUUCUGGUUAAA